GGCUGUUUUUAUGGGCUUUGAAGAAUUGAUAUUGUUGGGCUUUGAAGAAUUGAUGUUGUCCUUACUCCUGCCUGAGCACUCCUCCACGACAAAUCUCAGAGCUCGCAGCAAACCACUCCUCCUCUCUCUGUCGUCGUCGAUUGUCGCUUUUUCUUGGACAACCACCGAUAGCUUUAAUUUUUUCGCACGAUUCUAAACGAAGGAGCGAGCAUCAUCUUCCGUCACUAACAUCUUCGAAUUCAAAGAUUUCCUUUUUUCUUUUUUAUUCUUUCUCUGUUAUUUCUUUUUUUUCAUUUAGCAACCGAUUGUUUUCCUUUCUUUUUGUUUACUCUUUCCGGAAGCUUUGAGUAGAUCCUUUUGUCUUCUCUCUCUAUUGAGAAAAAAAGGAAGAAAAGCUUUGAAAUCUCAGAGAAGGGUUCGUCUUCAACAUGGCGCUUUGAUUCGAUUUGAUGUCUUUGAACAUAUGCUUUUAUUCACCAGCCUUGUAAUCGCCUGCGUCUUCUUCCCCGAGCUCGCGGUUGAUUCGCCGAUCGACUUUGUAAUCGCCAAUAAAAAACGACAAAGCUGUUGAAUUGAACACUGCCAACUUCGAUUCAAUUCUUAAAGACACCCCAACAAAGGUAUGAAGAACCCUCACUUCAGCUUGCCAUGUUGUCCUCUCUGAGAAAAGCAAAGGAAGCCGUCAUUGCUAGAUUUGAUGAAUGAAGGAGAAUAUGAAGAAAUGAGAUAAAACAGAAAAACAAAACAGGCCGAGGCCCAACAAGGUGAAAGCCUAGUCCAAGAAGCGAAACCCAAACAUGAAGGAAGAGAGAGAUUGAGAGCAGACAUCACAGAGCCACGUGGGACACAUAAGGAAAGUGGGAACACGUGGACAGCCGGCGUCGUCGCCGGUUACCGACUGACACCGGAAGGAACUCCAAACCACCGGUAAUCGCUGGAAAAGUCGCCAAUUCUUUAAGCUUCAAUGAAAUCCGACGGAGUCCAAUAAGCCUGCCUUGUUGUUAAUGGUAAGAGUUUAUAAAUAGGAAAUUAGUAAGGCUAGGAAUAAUAAUGCGAUCAACACAAGAACUUUUUAAUCGAAUUAUUUUUACCUAGAACUUAGCCAGAUGAACUCUUGGUGCAUAUUUAUGAGUUAUUACUCUAUUCUUAGAGUUUAUGAAAUUCACAAGUCGUCAAAUUAAGCUAUUACGAAGUAAUUGUAACUACAAGCAUAUACUACUAAGUACAAGUCGCAAUUUGGUCACAGACAUAAUAUCCUCGGAAACUGGGCACAUUGUUGCGACGGAAAUGUUUUCGUCGGAAAAAAGUAGCAAAAUCUAUUUUUAAUCGCCGAUAAGAUGUUUUCGUCUUGUCAGAACCUCCGUGAGUUGAAGGAAAAUGAUUCGCGGCGGAAGAAACAACAUAACUUCCGCUCCGGCGUUUUCGAAAGACGCAAAGAAGCUUCUUCUAUGCACAGCCAACACCGUCUCUGUUUACCGCGUCGCCACUGGCUUAAAGAUUACUUCACUCGAGGAUCAUACAGCACCUGUGACGACUGUGAUUGUUGAUAUGGCGUCCAACGAGACCCACAGUUACUGUUGGACUUCGUCGCUCGAUGGGAAAAUUCGGAUUUGGGAGUUCUCGGAGCCGAAGCUUUUGAAGACAUUUGAUACCCACCUUCCAAUUCACUCUCUGGUGAUGAUUCCAUCUCACGUGUCACACUCCGUGAUUGCUUAUGUUUCGGUUGAGGACUAUUCAAGUGUGUCCAGUGAUUUGUUUGGACAAAUCCGGAGAUAUGAUCUCACUGAAGAGCCUCUUCCUAGUGGAGACAUUUUGAAAGAGAUGGAAGAACCAAAACCUAUUGUUCUAAGUCCCUUAGGAGAUUUUUUCGGCGUCUGUCAUAGUUGCAAUAUACAUAUAUGGAAUGCCUCUCUUGGGGCAUCAGAGCAUCUCAAGCCAAAGGAGACGACAUUACAUCACACAGAGUUGAUUACUGUUUUUGCUUUCCAUCCCAAUCAGAGAAUAUUAGCAGCCGGUGAUGUAAAAGGAAGAGUGUUAAUUUGGAAGGAUAUUGGUAAUGGAGAACUUACUUCAGUGAAAAGUGAAGGUGAUCCUGAAUCUUGCACUGCAUUCAACUGGCACUCCGCUGAAGUAACCGUCCUUAAUUUCUCUUCAGAUGGAGCACUGUUGUAUUCUGGGGUAAAGGAAGGUGUUUUUGUUGUUUGGGAGCUAGAUACAAGGAAAAAGAAACUUUUGCCAAAGAUUGGAUCCCCGUUGUUGUAUUUCAUCUCCUCUUCAGAUCCAACUCUUUCUUCUGUGAUUUGUGCAGAUAAUCAGAUUCAUCUUUCAAAAAUGCCUUCCAUGGAGAUACUGAGAACGAUAUCUGGAAUCAAGCCUCGGAGAUCAGAGCGUCACGGGUUUAUAUGCUACGUUAAAACGAGGGAUAUAUGCCUCACCAGAACUGUGUCCAUUGAUCGUUCUUCCGGUAUAGCUGCUUUCUGUGCAGAGAAUCAUCGUGUUCAACUCUACAACCUUUUAAGUGACCAUGAAAUUUCAGAGGUUCAAAUUUGCGAGAGAAAUCAUCAUCCAGACGGUGAUGAAGUCCGGGUUCUCGUGACUGCGGUUGCUCUCUCUCGGAAUGGCUCAGUGAUGACUACAGCUGAUGCCAGAUUUGCUGCAAGCAAUUUCAGUGAAGGCUUAGUUUCUCUCAAGUUUUGGGUGUUUGUACCGGACAGCAAAACUUUCAGCUUAUCGACAGUCAUAAAUCAACCUCACAGGGAAGCUGCUAUCACAGCCAUUGCCCUUAACCCCGCCCGUUCCAUGGCUGUUAGUAUAUCUUCUGCUGGGGACUUCAAGAUUUGGGUUUGCAAUAGCGACAAGAAUCUGACACCUGAGGAUUCAAACUGGAUAUGUCAUGGAGAUGGCUCUUACAAGAGAACGCCAAUAACAGCUGCUGUUUUUUCCGGGGAUGGUUCUUGUCUGGCUAUUGCGGCUAAAACAGUUAUUACGAUCUGGCACCCGUUAAAGAACGAACUCUUGUAUGUAGUUGGAAAGGCAAAUGCGACAAUUAUGGAACUCUCAUUCACUGGAGGAGGCUUCCUUAUUGCUGCAUCCCAUGGUUCCACACCGCACUUAUCUGUCUGGGAUUUGAUGACGUUCUGCUUAUCAUGGUCUUAUAGAUUAUACAUAGAAGCCAUUGCCACUGAAGUGGGCUCGCCAUACUUUGCAGUAUUAACAUGGCUUCCAGAAUCUGAUAGGUUGGUAAAAUCUAACGGACAAAUGUUCUGCGGGAAAGAUGGUGCUAUCCUCUUGUUUGAUGGGUCAGGCCCUAAACCAGUAGCUAUUUGGACUGUAAUGAAGGCCAGGGGAGGAACGCUUUCAUUUGUGGAAGAUGGUAAAAAGUCUCAGCCACUUCUCGCAUAUGUAAACAGGAGCCAUGAAUAUGUUCUUUUUGAUCCUUAUGGCGAUGAAAAACUUGAGACUAGCGCCAUAGAUUAUGAAGUUUUUCUUGCAGCAAUAAGCAAGAAGACGAAGAGAUCUAGGAAGAAAGCAUUGAUGUCAGAGAAACCUUGGGAAACAAACUUUUGUGGAUCAACGCUCAAUUUCCCGCCUUUCCCCGACGUGUGCUCUGCUUUCUUCAGUUCCCGGAUGCAGAAAAAGGUGUGUGAGAGAGCAGAGAGAGAACCUGAAAGUCAUAGCUCUUGAGAGACCAGAGAGACAACCUGAACGACAUAGCUCUUGAGAGACCACAUAUUUUGGAACCCAUUUGGAUGACAUCAUUUUGUUAGAAGCCUUUUUGUUAGAGAUACAAUAUGAUUCCUUCAGCUACUAAAAGGGUUUUUUUGAUAUUAAUUGGGCUUCAUUCAUCAUGUAGAACUUGCUGAUUUGAGGUGUAUAAUGUAAUUAUAUUUUUUUAACCAA